GAGAGAGAGCGCAGAGCCCUGCCCAGAGAUGUCGGCGCAGAACCCUUACACAGACUACUGGGGGCACCCCACCGAGGGCAGCGCCAACGUUGAGGGAGGGGAUCUGGGGCAGUCGAUAACUAGCCCUUACACCCUCUACCGAGGGAUGGACUCAGAGGGACCCGCGAGGGAGGGCACCUGCGAGGCUGGAGGGACACCGAGUGUGAUCGGGGGGACAGCAUGGACGGGAGGACAGGAACGGCCGCAGGGGGAUGUCACGGAGACUCAGGACCGGGAGCCGACGGCAAACGCCGCACAAGUGAGCCCUCUCGGAGCGGAGCAGGAAGGGGUACUGUGGGAGCUCAGGGCGAGAAUAGGGGAGAUCAAUGUAGAGCUUCCAGAAUAUUCCGCGACGCGUCCUGAGGCCGGAGGGACGGCCCUGAGACCUGAGUCCGGGUCUCGCCUGCCGACCCACCCUCACUCUCGCUACCGGGGGCCCUGGGGAGAGGAGGGAAAAAUUGGGAAUGCCAGGAAUCAGUCGCUCUUCUGGAGGAACAGAUCCGAGGAGAGCGAACGGGAGGGAUGCUCGGAGCAGGGGAGGAGGGAGAACCUGGGGGCUUGCAGGUGGGACGGAGAUCCAUCAACUCAGCCCACGGAAGGGAGCCUGGAGGAUAAAAUGAUGAGAGAGCUCAUUCCUGAACUCAAGAUGAGGAUCGCCAGGUUAGGCGGAGAGCUUCCGGAAGUUUCCGAACAGAAGGAAGAAGCCAGAGAGACGUCCAUCAGCCAAGGAACGCCGUCCGAAACAUCGUCCACGUCCGAGAGGAAGUGGCCAUAUUGGGUGGGACUGUUCAUCUUCAUCUCUAUCGUCGUCAGCGCAGCAAUUUACCUCACAGUGCACUUUACACAGGAGGAUUCGGACUGAACGAUUUGUGGAAAGCUCCCUCUACACGUCCCCCCACUCCCAGGGACAGGGGGUUAGAUACAGAGUAAAGCUCCCUCUACACCGUCCCCCCACUCCCAGGGACAGGGGGUUAGAUACAGGGUAAAGCUCCCUCUACACCGUCCCCCCACUCCCAGGGACAGGGGGUUAGAUACAGAGUAAAGCUCCCUCCACACCGUCCCCCCACUCCCAGGGACAGGGGGUUAGAUACAGAGUAAAGCUCCCUCUAUACCGUCCCCCCACUCCCAGGGACAGGGGGUUAGAUACAGGGUAAAGCUUCCUCUACACCGUCCCCCCACUCCCAGGGACAGGGGGGUUAGAUACAGAGUACAGCUCCCUCUACACCGUCCCCCAAACUCCCAGGGACCAGGACAUCACGGGGAGUUUGGAGGUUAAUUUGCACGU